AUGACAACCGUCACCGCGCACAACACCAACGUAUACGUCGGCCUGGCCGGCGAGAGUGCCCUGAUCAUCGGCGCUGAAGGUACCCCCCUCGGCGAGGGUGGCAUGUACCGGCUCACCGAAGGCAAGUCCGAAUGGGCCUCCAUCGAUAACGGCCUGCCCGAAAACCCCCAGAUCCGCGCCCUGCUGGCCCACCCCGACGAACCGGGCACUAUUUUUGCCGGCACCCAGGACGGCGUGUACCGUACCGACGACCGUGGCGAGAACUGGCGUCGCACCGAGACCCUCAGCGGUGACGUGUGGUCGAUGGCCGUUCACCCCAACGACUCGUCGAUCAUGUUCGCCGGUUAUGACGCGGGGCGCGUGUGCCGGUCCGACGACGGCGGAAACACCUGGCGUCAGACGAACACCGAGGGGCUGGUCCAUCCUCACAUCACCAUGAACCCUAACGAAAUCUGCAAGCGGGUCAUCGGCCUCAGUAUCGAUCCCGCCCAUCCCGACGACGUGUAUGGGGCUAUUGAAGUCGGCGGGCUCAUCGCUUCCCGUGACGGUGGGGAAAACUGGUCCUGCAUCACCGAGGGCCACUACACCCGCCUGGGGCCGGUGGACCUCCACGGCGUGCAGGUCAAUCCGUCCCAGCCCGGCCUGGUGUACAUCAUCACCCAGUUGGCCAUGUUCCGGAGCCGGGAGCGCGGCCAGUCCUGGGAGUUCGUACCCAUCGACGAGAUGUUCGAGGGCGGCAGCUAUUGCCGCGAUCUGGUUGUGGACCCCAGUGACCCCAACCGCAUGUACCUGGCAGCCGGAGCCGGCGGCGGCAGCGCGCCGGCCGGCACCGUUGACUCCGGCGUACUGGUGAGGUCCACCGACGCCGGAGAGACCUGGGAGCGGGUGGAUAUCGGCGAGGUCGCCCCGGCCCGCAUGUUCCAGAUCGCCAUCGACCGCAACGCGCCGCGCAACGUCUACUGUUGCGACCGCGACGGCCACGUCUAUUGCAGCAACGAUGCCGGCAACGAGUGGACCCGUACCGACGUGCCGGUGGAAAUGUCCCGCGGGCGGCACGUGUAUCCCAUGAUCGCCGCGUAG